ACACACAAUCCACAUUAUUUUCCACCAUCAUAUUCUCUAUUCCUUAUUCAAUGCUACCUUUCCUUGAACUAGUCCCAGUCCACCCUCUUAUCUCCAAACUCCACCGUCACAACCACCACUAACCCACCGUGAUGAACAACAUACCUCUAAUCGCCGUGGCGGUAGCCUCCACCGGAAUAUUCCUCCUCCUCCUCUUCUACCUCACAAGAUUCUUCUGCCACCACUCCAAAAACCAACAACAACAACCAAUCCAACGUGCAACUUCUUUACAAAACGGCAUCCUUAAACUCCACCAACAACAAAACACUCCCAACAACAAAAGACGAACAAAUUAUUAUGUUCUCCCACGUGGCGUUUCCUCCAAACCUUAUUUUAACUGGUCUGACAACCCUAAUCUUGUCACAGAUGCUGUCGAAAACGGAUGGUCAAGAUUUGCUUUCACCAACUUCUCAUCCUCACCUUCCGUUUCCAACAAAUCUAUUCUCGGUUACUGCGGUUCGACCGGUGAUGGAAAAGAUGGAGACAAUAAACCGGUUGAAACCGGUUGGGAAGUUUGUGAUGGGUCAACCGAGUUUGUUCAAAAGAUCCGGUUUAACUCCGGUUUGAUGAAAGUUGUUCCAACGACCAGGUUAACGAUGAAUGCGGUUUCUGUUAUUAAGUCCGCGUUGCCGUUACCCGGUCCAGUUUUGAAUACAACUCCGUUUCCACAAGAAGCGUAUUUCGAGAUUACGAUUUUGUCCACUUAUGAAAAUGAAAUGACGGUUUUGCCCUUGAGGGUAAAUUCGGAAGGUGAAAAGAUUAAGUUGAUUGAGAAUAAUAAUAAUCCGGGUGAGUCUUUGGUUCAUGUGAAAAGUGAUGGUGGAAAUGUGAGGGGGCGAAGUGGUGGGAAGGAGAUAGUUGAAGGGGGGAAAGUGGAAGUAAAUGUUGUGUUAUCGGUGGGGCUGGCCGGUGGUGGACCGGUUCCAUUGAAGAUUCCCGGAAGUUAUCCCGGUUCGAUUGGGUUCAACUCCGACGGCUCGGUUUAUCUAGAAGGAGUUAAAUUGACAAAUGAGUUAGAAACAGACGAAUGGGGAAAAGCGGAGAAGGUGAUUGGUUGUGGGUACAACCCAAGCCAGAAGAAAGUUUACUUCACCGUAGAUUCCAAACUUGUACGCGAAGUUUAUUGCACGACAGAAGAAUUCGAAACCCCUCUUUAUCCAAUACUUGCCGCUAAUAGUAACGUAACCGUACUUGUAAAUUUCGGACAAAGUGUAUUCAAAUAUGCACAAGCUAAUCUACAUAGGACACCAAAUCCUUGUUUUAUUGGGCAGUCAGCGGGUUCUCCGAUGAUAGGAUCUGAAGAUAGCAGAGAGCUUUUCUCGAUGGGAAGAAUAGACGCACACUGGUUAGACCGAUCUACAAAGAGAAACGCACAAUAUUUUGGGAGUGUUAAUAGAGGAACGUCUGACUAUGACGAAUUUUCUGAAGGGGAUUUGUUUGAAAUCGUGUUGGACAGUAAUAGUCGAGGAAGAUCACCAAGCAUACAUUAUUAGCAUACAUACUUGCAUAUAUUAUCUUUUUUCUUAGUUGGUUAGGUGUAUAUUGAUUUGUUGUAGGUUAACAUUGAUUUCUAGCUAUUCCCAUUUCAUGAGGACUUAAUAAAAAGUGGGAAUGAGAGACUCGGCCCUACAAAUCUGUCGUAUGCUUGUUUCGCUUGGCUUAAAAAUGACAUACGCGAUGGUUUUGACAUUA